AUGUGUGAUGUGCUAUCAGAUGUUGAUCAUUGCAAAUCUGGUUCCGGCUUAGGUCAAACUUUUGAGAUACGAAUCGGAGAUGGGGGAUCCUCGCAGGAUUGACUUCGAGGACGAGAAGCCGCUCAAUCUGCCGGUUUACCUCCGCAUAAAGCCCCUCAAAGACGCCACUGAGAGUUCACUCAAAGUUAUCGACGACAUCACGGUGGAAACGAAUCAUGAUGGACGAGCCAACAAGAAAGCCACAUUCACCCGCGUAUUCCAAGGUCACGACGACCAACAAGAAAUAUUCAACUGCACCACUGCAUCGCUCCUUCAACGAUUCCUCGACGGGGCGAAUGUCAUGACAUUCGCCUACGGAGUGACGUCUUCCGGUAAAACCUACACGAUAAUGGGCACGCACUCUAAGCCAGGGCUUGUCCCGAGGACUCUGGAAAGAAUUUUCGGACACUACCACACCAAGAUAGCGAGCUCGAUGCUCGCCUACAAACCCGUUCUUUUCGACGGCGUGCAACAGCUCAAAGCAAGCGAGAUAUCUGAUCUGAGGAGGAUGAAAUCUUCCCUCCUGGCCAAAAUGAAAUCAACCAAACCAGGUUUCGGUCAUUAUGCUUUCCAAGACAGAACGAAGGACCAGGCCUCAGGAUGCGAUCUGCACACCACGACCGUAUCUCCCGCGGACUUCUGCACGGUGUGGAUUUCAGUGUACGAGAUAUACAACGAGAUAAUAACGGAUCUUCUCGUGAGCGACUGCAAUAGGGCGAAGCGUAAGCCUCUCACGAUCGGACAGGAUGCCAAGGGCAGCACUUUCGUCAAGGAUUUGACCCAGCUCCCGGUCAGCUCUGCGGCUGAAGCCUAUACUCUACUCCGAGUGGCGAAGCAGAAUCUCGCAAAAGCCUCAACAAAACUGAACGACAACUCGUCGAGAUCGCACAUGGUUUUCAACAUCAAGAUGGUACACUGGGGUGGUUCCUGUGCGGAUCCAGUGGUCAAUCAUUUCGUUAUUAGCGAUUUGGCGGGAAGCGAGCGUCAGGCGAAAACCGGUAGUUCGGGCAUUAUUCUGAAACAAGCUGGCGCCAUCAAUAACUCACUAUUGGUUCUGGGUCGUUGUCUCGAGGCGCUCAGGAAGAAAGACCGGGGGAUUGCGGCACCGUUCCGGGAUUCGAAACUCACGAGGAUACUGAAUCCAUUUUUCUCCCUCGGGGGCUACGUGAGCCUGAUCAUCUGCAUCAAUCCUCACGUGAGUCUAAGAGACGAAACUUUGGAUACGAUCCGCUUCUCUGCGAUCGCGUCGGAGAUCGUCCAGGAAACGGUCAAGCCCCUUGAGCGCUUGCGUAAGCUGAGGAGACUGACGCAGACGUGCGCGGCGGAGCCGGACGCGGUCCCUAUGGCUGAUGUUGAGGAUUCGGAGUGUGUGGAAAACUGGAGAGACGCGGUCGGAUCUUCGACAGUUCACAAUGGCGUUCGAUAUCUCGAAAUCAGAGCCAGUUACUUUAAUGAUAUGGCGAAGGAUAUUCUCUACGCGGAGAAGCAGUUGAUCGCGUUCGAAGAGGAAGUCGAGUCGCUGAAAAACCGUCUGAAAGCAGCGGAAGCAUCGAAGGAGAACAUUCAAUCGAUGUAUCAAGAUCGCAUGAAAGAGCAACGUGACAGAUUCCUGCUGCUAAAAGCAGAGAUGAAGGAGUUUUAUGAGAACGAGAAAUCGUUGAUUGUGAAUUCACUGAAGGAGGAAAUCGAAACCUACGAACAGAAGUAUCUCAAGUACAGGAACGGCUACGCGAAAGUCAGCUCCUACUUGGAGGAGAAAAUAUGGCCCGAGAUCAGUCUUUUCCGAGAGCGUUUCGGUUAUCUGCCGGAGUUCCCUCCUGUAGGGGGCGACACCGAGGAUGAAGAAACAAAACCGGAGAAUACCAUCGGAUAUUGGCGCGAGAAACUUGCAGAAGCGGAGCGCGACAUUCAGAGUCUGCAGGAAGAAAAUCUCGAGAAGACCAAUCAAUUAGCCGAAAUGCUCCGAACGUGUGAAAAUCUGCGAAAUACGAACACCGACUUACAGCUUGUCGUCAACGAGGCGAUGAACCUCGCCGCUACUGAAGCAGCCGGACGUCUUCAACUGGAAACGAGAGAGCAAUCGAUUGCGAACGGGGAUGCUGAAGCUCUCGGGUGUCAAGUGACCGAACUCCAAGAGGAGCUGCGCAUCGCGGACGAGAGGAGGGAAAAUCUUGCGGCGGGAUAUGAAAUCAAAAUCAAUGGACUCGAAGAAGAGUUAGCCAAGCUGAGAGGUCAAAAACGCGAUUCGGACACUGAGCGUUCGGAUGGCUAUACGCUCGACAGCGGAGACCAUGGUUCUCUUCGCGAGAUCCAGACGUCCGAUAUGAACCGGCAAAUCCACCGUCUUCUAUUGGAUAUGAGUGGGUACUUGAAGAGCUUCGCCGCGAUGCUGUCGGCGGGUGGGUGUGUUGAGAGCGGACUUGUCGACAAAACGACAUGCGCGAUAGACGAAAUCACAGAGGUUCUGAACGGCCUGCUCGAGUCUCCGGUGUCUUCGAGGCGCGAUUCUUGCCUCACGCAACUCUCCGAGAUUUCGGCAAAACUCUCCUCAUUGAUGACAUCCAGCGCUCGCGCCUCGCAAACCGACUUGCGGCUCACUAGAAGAGGCCGCACCACCGAGGAAUACAUAGCCGGAACAUCAGAGGAAAUCACUCAUUUGAAGGAAGACAACCUCCGACUCCGAGAGAGACUGCAAGAAUUCCAAGAUUCCAUCGCGGAGAAGGAAUCUGUUAUCGUUGCUCAAGCAUCUGAGCUGGAAGAACUCAGACAGAAGAGCGUCAUCAGCGAAGUAUUUGAAACGAAAGCCGAAGCUCUGGAAAUCGAAAAUCGAGAACUCCGCAAGCAGGUUGCGACCCUGAGGAUCGCUGACAGGAACUUCCGUUUGGAGAGGGACAACGCUCAAAUUUUGUCUGAGAACCAAAGGUUCGCACAACUCGAGAAAUCGCUCGAAGCCUCAUCGCAGACCUCCCGCGGCGGCCCCUUCGGUCCGAGCUCCGACCGCGACGGAUCACUGAAGAGUUUAGGAGAUUCUAAACCGCGGAGGCGAUUGAGACAGGAGAAUGAUGAGAAUUCCCUCUUGGAUAGAACUCUCACAGAAUCGAUACAAGACUUCACGCCAGUUCGUGAUUUUAGAUCAAAUCAUCGAAGACCUUGA